UCCGAGAUUCUUUCCCCAAAUCUUAUCCUCCCCGUCCCCAUGCUGCUCUGCCACUCUCUUUUCCCCCAUUCCCCUCUCUGAGACAAAGACAGCAACCAUAAAAAUCCCACCUUUUCUUACCUCUGAGACAUGGGUUUUGGACCUCCUCGGCGAUGUCUCUCCUCACCCUAGACCAAUUCCUCUCCCGAUCCUUGCACAGCCGAGCAAACGUCAUCGGCGAAGACGCUGCGGUCGCGACGGCAAGGAGAAUGUACUCAGCCGAGAAGCCCUGCGGCGUUGAUUUCUACAACGGCGGACUGCCGCCGCCGCCGCCGCCGCCGCCGCAACAGCAGCCGCAGAUGAUUCUGGCGGAGAGCAGCGGCGAGGACCAUGAGGUCAGGGCGCCCAAGAAGCGCGCGGAGACGUGGAUCCAAGAGGAAACGAAGAGCCUCAUCGCGCUCCGGCGGGAGAUAGAUGGGCUCUUCAACACCUCCAAGUCGAACAGGCAUCUGUGGGAGCAGAUCUCGACGAAGAUGCGGGAGAAAGGGUUCGACCGGUCGCCCACCAUGUGCACCGAUAAGUGGAGGAACUUGCUGAAGGAGUUCAAGAAGGCGAAGCACCAGAUCAAAGGGAGUGGGUCGGUGAAGAUGUCGUACUACAAGGAACUCGAUGAGUUACUCAAGGAGAGGAGCAAGAAGGCCGGAUUCAAGAGCUCUGCGGCGUCCAAGGUUGAUGCCUACCUGCACUUUCCUGAUAAAGGUCUUGAAGAUGCAAAUAUUCCAUUGGGGCCCGUGGAAGUGUAUAACAAUAGCUAUAUCCAUGAUUCUCUAGCAAACGGUAGAUCACCACUCAACAUGGACAGACCUCUGGAGCAUGAUAGACAUCCACUUGCCAUAACAGCCGCUGAAGCGGUUGCAGCUAGUGGUGUAAAUCCUUGGAGUUGGCGAGAUCCUUCUGUGAAUGAUAAUAAUGCCUCCUAUGAUGGAAGGGUUAUUUUGGUCAAAUGGGGUGAUUACUCAAGAAGGAUUGGUAUCGAUGGCACUGCCGAGGCAAUUAAGGAGGCCAUCAAGUCUGCAUUUGGUUUAAGAACCAAAAGGGCAUUUUGGCUAGAGGAUGACGAAAAUGUGAUUCGCAGCCUUGAUAGAGAUAUGCCUCUAGGUUCCUACACUCUCCAUCUUGAUGAAGUCUUCCAUAAAGCACAAAUACUUCAAAUUUCUUGCCUCAUCCUUGAUGCAUGUCCUAUACUUCCUCAAGGGAUAAGUAUCAAAGUUUGCAUCUAUGAAGACACUGACCGCAUUGCAGUUCAUACUGAAGAAAAGACACUCUACACCGAAGAUGACUUCCGUGAUUUCCUCUCCCACCGUGGUUGGGCUGGCCUAAGGGAGUUGAGCAGCUUUAAAAAUGUCGUUACACUGGAUGAUCUUCGUCCAGGUGCUAUGUACCAGGGCAUGAAAUUGCUCAGUGAUUAGCAAUCAAUCAAUAUAUGAAUAUCUGGUAACAGAAACCCAGCUACGGGAGCCUUUUUUUUUUUUUUUCUACGGUUUUAUGAUAUAUCAAACAUAGUCCAACUGAGAAUUGUUAGCAAGUAUUAGGAACAUCAUGGUGUGGUAGCAGUGCAAGCCUAACUGGAUAAUUUCUUCUAUAGCCAGCAGUUUAAUGCACCCCUAAGUUGUGGUGGCAUUGCCCUAUGACGCCUGUAGAUAACCCACACGAAUGAAAGUUUCAGAGAAUUAGGCUACUGUAGUGUUUAUGUGAAAGGUCAAAAAUGUUGUCUCUUUAUGGAGGAAGUUCAUAUAUAUCCAAUAUGUUUGUAUA